CCAUACCAGCCACUGCUAAAUGUCGGACGAAAGAGCCAGCACUUGUUCAGUGGUUUUCGAAUUUGAAUAGGCACGUAACGAAACAUUUUUAACUGAGCGGGAUAGUUUUUGGUUUAUGAGUUGGGACAAUAGGAUUUUCAAUCGAGAUGGAUAGUGCGUCCUCCAAGGUCCUGGCUUCGGUUUUGGUGUCGCUUUUCUUGAUUGUAUGUGUAUCAGCCGAUGGUUAUGGUUACCACCCCACACAACAAGAUUCCCGUAAAAACGUUUCGUUAAGAUGCUACGAUUGUAAUUCGGAAUUCGAUCCGAGGUGUGGCGACCCUUUCGACCCUUACACCAUCGGAAUUGUCAAUUGCACCGACAGAAGGCCACCGGAACAACUUUUGGAAUUAGCUCCGGACAUUCAGCCUAAGGUUUGCAGGAAACUCGUUCAAAAAGUGGAGGGCAAGACCCGGAUAAUCCGGGGCUGCGGCUACCUGCGGGACGACCGGGACGACAAGGAGUGCGUGAUCCGCUCCGGAACGAAAGACGUACACGUCAAGUACUGCGCCUGCACCAAAUCGUUAUGCAAUUCGGCACACAAGUACGGACCGAUGAGCCCGCUGACCGCCGUCAUCCCAAUCGCAGUGAUGCUUCUGUGUCUCAACGACGCGAAGAAUGUCGAACUGUUUUGAAAUUUCCAAAUCCAAAAAACCGUUUUUUAAGUGAGAUCCAUGCAAUUUUAUACUAGUCGCUUCAACAACUUACACAAGUUGUUACGUUGGUUUAUUCCUGAGCACAGUACGAGGAUUAUUCGUUGAUUUGCCAUCACCAUCGGACGAUAUUAUUACAUUAAUAAUAUUUUUGGGUUUGCCGCUUCGUUACGUUUUCUAACUAAACAAAAUCAAAAUGUUUUUUUACUGUGACGACUUUUGUAGAUUCGCAAGUAGACCUGCGGUUUCGCAAGAGGUUAAAUACGUCCUAAAUUAGUACAAAUAAAAAUUGAAAAUUAGAUAGUAAAAUUAUAUUUCGCGGGGGUGCACACCGACAUCCCCGUUCGAAUAAUUGCACGGUACAUGAAAAACUAAACGUAUGUAAUUAUGCAACUUAUUAAAUUAUAUAAAUUGUUGAAAAAAUUGAUUGAUUAAAACUCUAUUAUACAAAAUUCGACUGACGACCUCUUGAUAGGCAGGUUUGCUGUUCUAACGAUAGGAAAACAUUUAGACUAGGGCAUUCGAUAAUGUGGAGCUUCAUAGACAUACUUCUAACCUAAGCUGUUCACGUCUCUAACCGCUGAUGUAUAUCGUUAAUGUUUGUAUCCGGGCAACGCAAAUACUGUGCUUCUAUAAGUGUGAGAACUCGCUGUGUCUACCCUCUCCUUUUCAUACGGUAAAUUUAUUAUACAGGGUGGCCUUGCGAUGCGACGCUGCCGAGGCCUAGAUUCUUUUUAGAGACUUCCGCGAAAAAUUACGUUCAUUGUUAUUUUCGUGGCACGUUACACCUGUGAACUAAUUCAAAUCAUUCAAGUCAUAACUUAUCAAUUUUAGAGACUGCCAUAAAUUAGUCGGUGUUUAUUCCAUUUUAUUAUACGAUUCUUUUUUAUAAGCAAUAUACAUGGAAAGGCUGAACGUUUGUACUAUAAGGCAUCAUUAAAAUCAUUUAGGGAAAUCAUUAAGGAAACAGAUUUGUACGGAGUGAAUACGUAUUGUUAUCUAAAGCAAUAACACAAUUUUAAACCAUUACAUUAAAUGUUAAAACCUAUACAUAUCCUAGGAUAUUAAAACGUGGGAUUCAAGGCUCAACUUGUAUAAUAAAAUGGAAACGAAUUCUUAUAUCGAUUUUUGAACGUCAAACAGUUUGGGCCGUUUAUUUUGUGAUGAAGGGCACAAACGGUUGUCAAUUAUAUUCGUUUGACACGAAAAAAGGUCGAAUUUCUUUCGAAUAUAUGGCACGUUUACAGUGUAACACUGCAACGGUGCUAAAAUAUGUUCAUACAAUUAAAAAACACCUACUCUCCUUAAAAAAAAAAAAAUAUAAAAUAAAUUAUGUAUAUGUGCUGUAGAGUCGGAAAUGCAUAUAACACUGCCGAAUUUGGCCCCAAGUGCCAUACGUUGCUUUCCUGCAAAAUGAAACUAAAUUACCGAGCUAACGAGUCUUAUGAUAGAUGAUUGUUUCAGUUUCGUAGACCAAAAUAAAAAAAAAAAAACAAUUAAGCUUGGUGAGCCACAAAAGCGAAGAUGAUUCUUCCAUGAUUAAUAAGGAAUUGGCAUUUAAUAUACUUAUAGAGAAUUGAUUUUGCAGUUUCUACCGUUGUGAAUUUUGUAGAUUUGUUCUGUUCGGACUUGAACCACCCUCACUAUUGUUAAGCCUAAUUCUAGUGUAUUUAGUCGUAAAUGUCCGUUUUAAGGUUAAGGAAUUUAAAUGUGCAUACAUAAAAACUUCCUAGGAAACGUUUUUUUUUUGUUCGAUAGCAAGGCGAUUUAAAUCAGUGUACCAUACCAUUGAAACCAAUUUGAUAAAAUCAUGUUAUUAAUAAUAAUAAUAAAACCAGAGUAUUGUUAUUUUCCUUGGAUAAUUUUGAUGUAUGCAUUUUGUGAUUGUGAAGUUUAAAUUUAAGUUUGUAAUAAAAAUGCUAAAAUAACCGCGUCAAAAAUGAAUUUGUUAUCGUAAAAUAUUUUACACAUGUAUUCUAAAUUGAUCAGUACCUGUCUAAGUUUGACGCGGACCUUUAUAUUCCGAAUCUGUUUUAAAUUAUUUACUUAAUUACAUAAAAAAAGAAUAAUAAUAAUUAAGCAUAAUGUACAUUUGUGAAUAAAAUAAAAUCAGAUUAUAUAAAUGUAUUUUACUUACAUAAUUAAAUUAUAAAACAUUUAUAUUUGUACUAUUUAAUUUUUUAAAUAAAACUAGGUGUAAGUAUACACGGUGACAUACAAUCUAAAUAUGUUUUGCCUAAGUCUUGAAUGACGUCUCUUAAUUUUAAGCAUUACGGCUCCACACGCUCGUUUCGUUUGUCAUUGUAUGUUAUACAUGUUGAAAAAUAGAAUUAACAAUAAAAAUUGUUUCACUGAA